ACGACAACAUCAUAUUACAACAUAUUAUAAAUGCUCGUUGUUGCUUAUAGUUUUCCACAACGGGCAAACAAUGUGUGUUGUGAAAAACUGUAUACCACAACAUGCGUCAUUUGCAUGUUGUUAAUUUAGUUAUUGACAACUCACCUUACACGUUGUUAUUUGUAAGUUGUCAAUUAAAACAUUAACAAGUAUGAAUGCGCGUUGUUAAAUAUUUUCAAAACAACAACGUGCAGCGAACGCCGUUAAAACUUUGAGAUAAAAGAUACAAGAAAAAUAGCAGAACAAUUGUGCUCAACAUAAAGCACCUGUGGGCUGUGGACUAAAGUCACUACAAACUCAACUCGAUCUUUCUCAAAGAAAAAAAGAAAAAAAGAAAAAAUACAUAAAAAAAUCAGCCCUCUGAAUCCAUCAGAGAUCCAAAACGUAUAAAAUCCUGGGCUUGAAGAAUUGAACUCUGAAACUCUCAACUCUCAUUCUCUCAAAGGCUUCGCCCUCACCAGCCUAAACCCUAAACCGCACGAAACGAUGUCGUGGCUUCCCUCCGCCGUCGCUCUCAAUUGCAUCGACGACUUCGCCAUGAAGCAAGACCACUUCUCCGGCGACGAGCACGUCCCGCUCAGCCACUUGGCCCACGGCAGGAUCGACUCCGCCUCGGCUGUGGUCCUCCAAUCAUUCGCGUACCUCCCACGCGCCGCCCAGCGUCGGCUACGUCCUUACCAGCUCAUCCUUUGCCUCGGCUCCGGCGACUGCGCCACUGACUCCACUUUCACUGCCGACCUCGGUUGUCAAUCUCCGAAGCAUUUCGAUGGCCGGAUUUCCGGCGUUUACGGCUACGAAGAUUUCAUACAGUUUAUCGGAGCUGGUCUGCACUUACAGAAUAGAAGAUUUUGGUUUGAUUCGUACAACUCUAGCAACAUUGUUGCUGAAAUGCUUUCAUAUGAUGCGAAAUGUGGUACGCCGACAUGGAUCUGCAAGGGGCUUACUUAUUUUCUUAUUUGCAGGCCUGGUUUACUUCUAUCUAUAAGGUUGGUUUGUUGCCUUAAAGUAAUCUUCAACUUAAUUAUUACUAUACUGUGCUUUGAAUUUAUGCCCUUCUUUUAUGUGAUCAUGUUCAGGCUUUUGAUCUGUUGGAAAUGGUAAAGGCAAUCAAAGGUAUUGUCUAGCAGAAUGUUUUUGAUAGAAAGCUGCAAGUAGUCAAGCAGUUAGCUGCUAUCGUUACUCCAUUAUUGGUAAUUGGAUAGUCGGGUAAAACUAUAAAUGUUGAGUAAAGAACACAGGUUCAAAGAUAUUGUUUUGGUCAUGUAUUUCACUAGAGUAAUGCACAUAAUGGUUUUGAGUAGAAGGCUAGAAGUUGCCUGGCAGAUGUUGCUCUGUACUCCAUAUAUUUUGGUUACAUUUACUUUUAGGUUUUCAUUUGCAUAGCUUUUCCAGCAGUCCAUGGAUGCUUAGAAAGGGGAUUCUUGCAGCAGGAGAAUCUGUUGUUCAUGUAAGUAGUAUGAAUGUUCUCUUAUGUAAAUACAAUAAUUGCAAAAAAAAUUGAGUUCAAAAUAUGAAGAUUGUGUGGAACAGGCAUUACUGUAAAAUAGUGUAUGUGAAGAUGUAACAUAUGAACUGUUUAGACAUUAUUCGCUAGUAGCUUAUAAUCAAAUUGGAAGCUGCAGUGAUUUGAUUAGUAUUGCCAUCUUGAAGUCUUUUUUCUUUCUUGUUAAUAAGGAGUUCUGUUAGGUUAGUUGAGGAUUUCUUGUCCUCUAUUGUGAAUUGGUGGCUAAUUUCUAUUUCAGUUCUUUUUC